AUGGAGAUCGCGCGGACGGCGUGGUGCGCGGCGCUGGUGCUCGCGGCGCUGGCGGCCGCCGGCCCGCGCUACAGCUCACGCAUCGUGCACACACACGCCGGAGCAAUCCGCGGGAUCAUAGUGGAGCCGGCGUCGCGGCGGCUGGAGCCGGUGGAGGCGUUCUGGGGGGUGCCGUACGCGGGGCGCCCCCCGCGGCUUGGGGCCCCCCCGCCCCCGCCCGCCUGGUCCGGCACGCGGCUGGCAGAUGCGUACGCGCCGGUCUGCCCGCAGCGCUACCCGGACAUAUCCAACAAGAGUGCAGCGCUAUCGAAGAUGCCCCUAGGACUGUACAACGAGCUCAAAGCCACUGUCCCCUUCCUGGCCAACCAGAGCGAAGACUGCCUGUACCUCAACAUCUAUGUGCCCGGUAGCGGCGCGCGCGGCGUGGAGGCGCCCUACGCGGUGGUGGUGUGGGCGGGCGGCGCGUCGCACGAGUGGGGCUCCGGCAACGCGCUGGACGGCGCCGUGCUGGCCGCGCGCGCGCACCUGCUCGUCGUCACCCUCAACCAUAGGCUAGGACUGUUAGGUUACUUAACGCCCGGCUCCCGCUCGGACCCGGCGCAUCGCGCGGGGGGAGCCGCGGCUCUGGACGCCAUCGCCGCGCUGGCGUGGGUUCAACGCAACGUGGCCGCCUUCGGGGGCGACCCGCGCCGCGUCACGCUGGCGGGGCACGCCGCCGGCGCCGCGCUGGCCAACGCGCUGCUCAUGAUGCCAGAGACCAAAGGUCUGGUGUCACGAGUGCUCCUGCUGAGUGGCUCCGCGCUAAGUCCGACGGCACUGGCGCCCGACGCAGCCCUGGCGCGAGACCACGCGGCGCAGGCACUGCGGUGCACGCCAGACGGAGCCACUACCGACGACUGGUUACUAGAAUGCAUCCGCGCUAGGCCGCUCGCUGCAUUACUAGCAGUCGAAGCGCCUCGAGCCCGCUUCCUAGCGGGCUGGGCACCGUCGGUGCCUCUACGGGACGCGCAGGCGCAGCCGCCGACGCGCGCGCUGCACGCCAGCGACGCCUUCCUCGACUGCGCGCUGGCGGUGGUGGUAGCUACUACCGAGAGCUACCAGUUCUUUAGUGAAGACGAUAUUAGACACGGAUUUGAGGAGGAACACAGGAAUCGAAUCCUCCGUACAUACGUCCGCAACGUGUACCGGUACCACCGCAACGAGAUUUUCGCGGCCAUCCGCAACGAGUACACGGACUGGGAGAAGCCCAUCCAGCACCCCAUCAACAUCCGUGACGCCACACUGGAGUCACUGAGUGACGCCGCUGUGGCCGCGCCCGCGUUGAGGGUAGCCCAGCUGCACGCCAGGAGAGGGGCCAAGACAUACUUCGCACACUUUGCGCAUCAAAGCAGAGACGCUGACUAUCCUCAGCGCCUAGGCAGCGUGUCCAGCGAGACCCUGCCCUACUUCCUCGGCCUGCCCCUAGUGGGUGGCUCGGCGGCCGCUCCUCGCAACUACUCGCGCGGAGACGUGGCGGUGGCCGAGGCGGCGGUGGCGCUGCUGGCCGCCUUCGCCAAGACCGCUGACCCCACGCCGACGGCGGACGAGCGACAUCACGACUCCUGGCCUAGAUACGAGCUGAACACUCAGCAGUAUCUUAGCAUAAGUACAAAGCUGCGCGUGAAGAGCCACUACCGCGGGCACAAGAUGGCGCUGUGGCUGCACCUGAUCCCGCAGCUGCACCGGCCCGGCGCCGCGCCGCGCCACCACCAGUUCCGCUCCGUGCACCCCGACAUGUUCGCAGGCGACAUAUUCCCGGAGCUGUACACGACUGCAGCGUCCCUGGACGAGGACGAGGAUGGCUCGGAGCCUGAGGAGGAGGCGUCGGAGGCCGAGGAGUGCGAGCCCUCGCCCUCCCCGCGCCCCGCGCUGUCCGCGCUGCCCUCCCCGCAGCCCUCGCCCAAGGAGGACUCGCUCACCAACCUGGACUCGCAGUAUUACAGUUACACCGUGGCGCUGGGAGUGACGGUGGGCGCGGGGUGCUUCCUCCUGGCUCUGAACGUGCUCGUGUUCGCCGGGAUCUACCUCCAGAGGGGGCGGCGGAGGACUACUCAUCGAAGGCCGAGGAGGGAAGGUAGCUGCAGCAGCAGGACCGGCACCGGGUCGCUGACCAGCGACCCGACCGCCGCGCUGUCGCCGCGGAAGAGCACCCUCAAGCGCAGCAGCGAGUCGGAAUUAAAAGAGAGGCCGAGCAACGCACCACCUCCCGCAAAAAAGCGCGUCCAAAUCCAAGAGAUAUCUGUCUAGAUGACUUCUGAAGCUAGUUUUUAGAAAACACAAAUAUGGGGAGCCUUCUGGAUAUGGGAUAUUCAUCGAUGAAACAGAUAAUGUCCCGGUCCGACCCUUCGGGAAGUAGGCCAGUCGGCAUCCGAGCAAGAAUUUCAAUAAUUCAUAUGUAACUCGAAGUGACCCCUAAAACUAAACCACCCUAAGCGCUUUGAUUCUGACAUCAAUCGUCUUCGAGUGUGAUCCAGCUGGAAUCUAACAGUGAUUUGAAACUUUUAGAGUGAGAACUCAAACUUUCGUGUGAAAAACUGAAAGAGUGAAAAGUUUCCGUGUGGAAAUUCAUUCGACAUUACCAAUGUUUGAAAAACCUUUUUGAUACUGAAUUGAAAAUUAUGUCAAGUGCUCUAAACUCCUAAGUUUUGGAUGCCAUAAAAUAACUUAAUCCCAAUCCGUUAAGUCGGACACAGCUGGCUUUGAAUUUCUUCAUUGGUGAUGUCAUGUGAAUGAGAAAAUUGUACUUAAUUUUAACCGAUAUGCUAUACCUAUGUCUGUAUAGGGAACAAGGGUUCGUAUGUAUCUACCUCCUGACCAAUUAAAGGGCUUAAUGUCUCAUGUUGUUCUAGUUGUGUUUGUUAGUUUAUCUGUUUUAUAUAAUUAUCUCUGUUUAUAUUUCAAGUUCGAUCCACGCAGCUGCGACCAUUCAUGUCCGUAUUAUUUAAUGAUGGGCUCUAUCAGGGGUCUACUUUGGGUCUCGUUUGUAUAACAACGAUUUCAAUAUUAUAUUUUCAUUCCCAUGCCAAUGGAACAAACUUCAGGUAAUUCCCCUAUUCACAAUAUCAGCUAUUGGCGAAACUUAGAUUAUGGGUAUUAGAAACUUUGGGCAAAGUUUGAUAAAUGUUCCGUUGUCGGUUCGGUAUUAUCAUGCUAAGCUUCCGUGGUUUUGAGGUGAGCGUUCCGUUAACUAUAGCUUUUAGAAACUACGCCGUAAUUCCUGAAUUUUCUGAAACAUCUCCAAAAUCAAUUAACGGUUAGAAUGUUUUCAACUGCGAGGCCAAAACUUACUUGUUAGAAAAAAUAUACUUCUGUUUAUAUGGUAUACAUAGACUUAGUAAAAUGUUAGCGAGUCCCUAUUGUGUUUAUGAAAUCUUUAUCUAAUUUGUAAAAUAUCGUUAUUUUAGUCCCUAUGUAAUAUCAAAUUCUAUGUUAUACAGAUUCUCGAUUUAAUGUAUGAUAUCGUAUGACUUUGUAUAUACAGUUGGGUCUAGUUCUAUUAUUGUACAUAUUAGGUCGUCGUCAAAUAUCUGUCUAAACCGAGAGUUAUCUCGUAAAAACGAGGUUUUUAAUAAAAACCAU